AGGCUCCUGAUAGAUGUCGAAACGUCUUCAAAAAACUGAACGAGAGUCCGGCUUUUAAGCCCGUUUAUGGUUAACCUUACUAUUAACAUAGGCGUUUUAUGGACAUGAGUCAUUUUUUACAACCCUUCAGCCUUUGGUCGGACAUAACAGGUGCAGCUAAGGGUUGUUUUUCAUCCAUUCACCUCUGGAACUCUUUCCAAGAAAGCUAGAUUCUAUAUUUUAAUAGCUCAUAAAUCUGUAAACUUAAAGCGCCUGCUGCCUGUGAGAACAGACAGGCACAAAGUGUGGAGCAACAUAGAAAACACUUUACAGAAUUUUAUCUGAAGUAGCUAUGGCUACAAAUGUGGAUUCAAAAGUAGUGAUAGUAGGCUGUGGGAUAGCAGGGAUUGCUGCGGCUCAAAGGCUCCUUAAAUCUGGGUUCUCUAAUGUCCGGAUCCUGGAGGCGACUCAAAGAAGUGGGGGAAGAAUUAAGACAUGCAGACUGGGUAAUACCAGUAUAGAAAUCGGUGCAGCUUUUAUCCACGGUCCAUCUGAGGAGAACCCAGUAUUUUGUUUGGCCCGUGACUAUAACCUCCUGGACCCUAAAUGCCUCACUCCAGAGAAUCAGUCUGUAGAUGUUGGUGAAUACCCUCCUCUGGUUCCCAACUGGUUCACCAGCUCAGGUCAGAAGGUGAAUCCCGAAAGCAUGAAUCCCGCGCUGGAGCUGUUUCAUGAGCUUCUUCAAAAUACUCCGCAAUCUAAGACUCACAAACCAAGAUCCUGGCCAAGUGUGGGGGAUUUCAUUAAAUCUGAGGUACGAAGGCGAGCAGCUAAGAGGUGGAAAGAUAAAGAUAAGAGCACCAGGAAGCUGCUUCUUGGUGCCAUCAGUACAAUGUUAAAGGAGGAAUGCUGUUCAAGUGCUACAAACUCUAUGGAGGAGCUGGAUCUAGUAGGAUUUUCUAUGUACCAAAGUAUCAAGGGAGUAGACUGCACAUUUCCUAGCGGCACAGAGGACUUAGUAAGCAACUUAAUGUCAGAGCUCCCGGCUGACUUGGUGUCUUACAGUCGGCCUGUGCGCUGCAUUCACUGGAGCAACAGAAAGAGCGGAGUGAAUGCUGUGGUGGUAGAAUGUGAGGAUGGGGAUAGAAUCCCUGCUGACCAUGUUAUUGUGACUGUGUCUCUAGGAUACUUAAAGAAGCACCACUCUACUCUGUUUUCACCUCCUCUUCCCGCCCAGAAGCUUCGGUCGAUUCAUAAAAUAGGAUUUGGAACAUGCGACAAAAUCCAUGUUGAGUUUGAAUCCCCCUGGUGGGAUGCUGACUGUGAAAUCAUCUAUCUUCUGUGGGAUGACGAGGAAAAUAUUUCAGAUCAUGUGUUGGAAAUAGGUGAAAAGUGGAUCAGGAAGAUCUCCUCGUUCACUGUGGUGAAACCCUCUCAAAGAGGCAGCCAUGUUCUCUGUGGUUGGAUUUCUGGACAUGAGGCAGAGCAUAUGGAGAUGCUUCCUGAGCAGGAAGUCAGGCGCUCUAUCACCGAGCUGAUACAUACUUUCACAGGAGACCAUACCAUCACACCAAAGAGAAUCGUGUGCAGUCGGUGGUUCCAUGAUCCCUGGACGUUAGGAUCCUACUGUCAUCCAGCAAUCGGCUGUUCAGCACAGGAUUUUAAGAACAUGAUGGGACCCCUGCCUGUAACAGGAGAGCAACAGGCCCUACAGGUAUUGUUUGCUGGUGAGGCGACUCAUCCCAGCUAUUACUCCAGCCUCCAUGGAGCACUCCUCUCUGGGUGGAGAGAAGCUGACAGACUCAUCUCUCAUUAUUCUGUCACAUGUCCCCAUCCUUCACAAAAGAUUUAAACCUCCAUAGCAUAAAAUAAUAUUUUUUAUCCUUUUAAAUUAAGUGAAACAUCAAUAUCAUUGUUAAAAGAAGGAACUCUAAUCUAGUUUUCAGAACACACCAAAGCCACACAUUGUAAUAAACUGAGGCUUUGAUAAGUGGCUAGAAAUCUGUAGCAGGUUACAAAUUUUCAGUAGGUACACCAAUAGGCAAUUAAUCUGACUGGGAUUUGAUGUAACUUGGUCAGUGGUUCGAUUCAAAUGUUGAUGGAGAAACAAUUUGUGAAUGGGAAUGUCCACAGGGAACAUCUGUAAAAAGUUUCCUGUUGAACAGACAAGGCUUACAGGAGCUGUAAGGACAAAAAAAAAAAAGCUUUAAAAUAUACAAUGAAUUAACUAAUAGAGUACAUCUG